AUGACCUCCAUUCGCGUCAAGAACAGCUGUAAUUCGUCGCCUCAUGGAUCGACAGUAAUGUCGCAGCUGGUGCUGUGGGAUAGCAGCCCACUCUUCCUCCAGUGCCGCCCUCAGCUGCUGUUGUGUCUCUGGGGGAUGAUCUCGUUGAGUGGUGGACCCCGAACAGCCUGGCCACUGCCCGUCGGUUCCUUCCGGCUUGGAGCAAGCCAAUGGCUCGGUCUCUCUCAGGCUUUCCUAGUGAACCAAUCAGCGAUCGUGAAAUGGUUUAUAGUCAGUCGCAUGUGCAUCAAUGAACCCUGGGCUCCCAGUGCUGCUGCCGAGGGCGCCCCUCCUCACAAGUUUGACAAUGCUGCCGAUACCGACCGAGAAGAUAACGAGAACGCGACUGAGGGCGGCGAUGUAAAUCCUGACGUGAAUUCGUUGGAACCAGUGCCGGGAUGUGAAAGUGUGGCUCUCGAAGAUGGACCCCCAGUGCCUCCCCCUGCUUACGAACCUCCUACAGAAGGUGACCGUCCUCAAGAAGUCUUUUUUGACUCGGGAGAUGAUAUUGGGGAGGAGGCCGCCAGGGCGGCCAUUUUGACCUUCGUUGACGAACAUUGCUGCUACGGUUCCAGACCAGCCAAGAACAUGACCAUCAGCAAGAUCAUUCCAACUCAAGGGCUUCACUACCAGCUGGAAACCUUCAACGAAGCGAGGUCCACUAGUCGGAAGUUCAAGCCCUACGCUGGCGGCGACGUAGACGGGCCCGAGAACGGCGCGCCCCCGCCUGUGUGGUCCAUGGCUUGCAAGCCGGACCAACAGUUCCUCACUCACAAAAAGAAUCUAGAAGUCCCGCACACUUCGGUUGUCAAGCAAUGCCAACAGUGUAAUGGAUGUGGUUUGGUGACAUGUGGAGGCUGUGCUGGAUUGGGACGGGUUUCAUGCAGUUCAUGUUUUGGAAGCGGCACUAGGACUGAAUACCGUGGUGGUGAAAGAUAUACUGUUACUUGCACCUGGUGCUACGGUUCAGGACGAGAAACGUGUAACCGUUGUAUGGGUGACGGUAGAGUCGAAUGCCCCUCUUGUGAGGGCCAUAAACAGCUUCGUCACUUCAUUAUGCUGACUGUCUCCUACACCAACAAUUUGGAGGACUACAUCUUGGAACGCUCGGACAUGCCUGACGAGCUGAUUAGGAACGUCAGUGGACAGACUAUCUUUCAGCAGACGUUGCCUCAUGUGUGGCCUAUAUCCCAAUACCCCAUCCAAGAAGUCAACGAGAAUUCGAUUCGUCUGGUUGAAAAACAUCGCACCGCCUGGCCACAUGCUAUGACUCUUCAACAGCGUCAGACACUUCGCUCUGUACCUGUGACUGAAGCUCAUUAUGACUGGAAAAACAUUAGCACUCGUUUCUGGGUCUAUGGCUUUGAGCAUGAGGUCCACGCCCCGGACUACCCCCACCAGUGCUGCUGGGGGUGUAACGUCCUGUAAGGUCAACACUAGCCUUGACCAAGGCUAUCAGCUU